UAGCAAACACCAUACGAGAGAAGUGUUGAGUCUACAUAAAAAUCAGUCACUUUAUUAGUUAGUCAUUCUCUUUUGUGCCUUGCACUACAGUAUAACAGAAUUCAAAAUUGAAAUACGAUAUAUGUUAUUUUUAAUUUACCAAGUACACUCAGAAUUUGUGAUUAUUUGGCGUCAUAAUUUCAUUAUAAAUUUCAAAAAUGAAGACCGUUAAUCAUUGUUGUUGUUUUGGUUUGUCUACAGCAUCAAUACUUAUUGGAUUACUCAAUAUUAUAUUUUUGAAAUUCGUAAUUUAUGCAGUUAUCGCAUUUCGUCGACAGCUAGAUUUCUGUGAAUUAUUCAAUUUUAUACUUCCAUUUUGUGCUGACUAUAUCAACAGAUUAGAUAGCAUAUCUACAUUUAUUGUUAUUAAAUAUGUAGCAGCAAUAAUGAUGAUGGUUGGUUCAGAUCAGAAGAUACAUCAACUAAUGUGGCCGCACUUAGUUGUCCAUUUUAUAGAAAUUUCGAUAACAAUACUAUUUAUGAUUUAUUAUGUGUUGUCUUGUAUUUUACAUCCUGGAAAACACAAUUUGAAACUUUUGUGGUAUGGAGGAUUGUUUGUUGGAGUAUGGCUAAGUGUCAACAUUCAUUUUUGGAUUGUGAUCAACAGUCGUGUCAAGGAAAUAAAACGUCAGAAACAUUUUUCCAUCAUUGAAGUUAUAGUGGAUGAUGAUACACAAAAUUAAAAUGCGGAAUGAUCAACACAUAUUUAGUGAGACUUUUAGUAACGUCUUCUUAUCAUAUACUUUAAUUUGUUUAAUCUCAUGUUACUUAAUAAUAACAUUUAGGUUUAGCUGUAACUUAAAUUUACUCGUAGAAUAUAAUAAUUUGUUUAUCCAUUUAUUAAUAUUACUACUAACCCGGGAAAAAAUCAUCAGGCUUGGUCAUGCAUGAUCGUGCAUGAUUCAGGUAUAAUCGUGCAUGAUCCAGGCACGUUUUUGCACGAUCAUGCAAAGACAUGUUUAAUCAUGCAUGACAAGGCAAGAAUAGUCAUGCAUGAUUCAUGCAAUAUCAUGCAUGACCAAGUUCAAUCAUGAAUGAUCAUGCAUGUCUUUGCAUGAAUCGUGCCAAGUCAUGAAUGAUCAUUCAUGACUAAGUUUGAUCAUGCAUGAUAUUGCAUAAAACAUGCAUGACUAUUCCCGCCUCGUCGCGCAUGACCAUGCAUGAUAGAUCCCGGCUAUGCAUGACCAUGCAUGCUCUUGCAUGAAUCGUACAAAGGCAUGCAUCAAUCAUGCAUGGUAAUGCAUGAUUAAGCAUAAUCAGGUCUGAUGAUUUUUUCCCGGAAAGACACAAUUAUCUUUUACUAUUGCUAAGUAUAAUAUAAAAUAGACAAUUAUUUUAUCCAUUGCUAAUAUAUUUAUCAACAAAAAUAA